AUUUCAUAACAUCGUAUCGUCUUCACCAACAAGGGUACACAGUUUAUCUAAGCAAAACCCUAGGAAACAGCAAUGAUCGCUGCAGAAGAUAAAUUCUUCGCUAAUGCUGCAAACUCCUCGUCCUGAAUGUAGCUUGGAUUACUUUUCUCUGUUACUUUCCUUCUAAUUGUUUGGUGUCUUGCUUUCCGUAAAAUUAGGGUUUCGCGUGGAAGUUUUGAUCGCAAAUAUCAUUCCUUUCUAGCUUCCGUUUCUUCAACGCAGAGGAAAAUAUCAUGUCGUCAUACCCGGUUCUUGGUAAUCGACCGAUUGAUCAAUGGAAAGUUACAGAGCUAAAGGAAGAGCUCAAGAAGCGGAAAUUGAAGGCAAAUGGUCUGAAAGAUGAUUUGAUCAAACGACUUGCAGAAGCAAUUGAGCAAGAGGUUGAGUCUGAAGAGGAAGAUACUACUAAUGGUGUGGAUGGUGAAGAAUCUAAUGCUGUAGGAGCUGCUGAAGAAGUGCUAGUUGCUGUUGAAAUACCUCAUGAUGCUUCAGCUGAUGCUGUUCAGCAAGAUGGGAUCCAUGAUGAAAAACAACUUGACACUUCGGCUGAUGUUGUUCGCCAAGAUGAAAUCAAUGUUGAAAAACCCGAGAUUCAAUUUGAAACUAGAAUUGCAUCACCUAGUGAAGUGCAUGUUGAAGCUGGUUAUACUAAGAAAGUAGAGGUGGUAGUUCAAGAUUCCAAUCCAGAAAAGGAUAUAGUAGGAAGUGUUAUUGAUACAGAGAAUGACAAUCUAGUCCCUGAAAUAGCUGCUAAAGCUGAUUCUACAAUAAAAGAAAAUUUCUCUGUUCAAGAAGCAAAUGUUGAAAGUAUUCCCAUGGAAAGUACAGUUGAAACAAUCGACAAUAAAAAUGAUAUAAUUCCUGAAAUAGCUGUUAGUAAGCAUGAGUCAAAAAAUGAGUGUGAUGUCAAGCCAGAGGAAGAGAGUCAGGAUAUAAAGGUCCCUUGUGAUGAUGAGGGGAAACUCGACUCUUCCCAGCCAAGUAACCAGGUAUCUGUGGUCAGUCCAACUUUAGGGUUUACGGUAAAAUCUAAUUCUGUUUCUUCUGAUAUUAUCUCAACUAAUGAAAAAAAUGAUCUAAAGGAUAACAUAAUUGCUGAUAAUGUGAAAUUAGAACUAGAUGUUAAGCCUGAGAUGGUGCAGCCAUCAUCAAGUGAUUUUCUCUCAGAUGGUGGCUCCCCACAUCCCAUGGAUGUUGAGAAGCCACUGGAGAUCAAGAUAACUAUUGAUGAAAAGGAUGAAGAAAAAGCUACUAAUGAAGAAAUGAGCACGGAAAAUGAUGCAGAUUUGAUAGCAUCGGAAAGGUUAAAUCUGGACCGAAGUUCUGGUGAUGAUUCUAUGGAGGAUGAUGCAUUAGAUAAUAAGCAAUUGGAUUCAGUGAAUGCUAUUGCUGAAACUAUUGCUGGUGUUGAGAAACCUGAAGCAUCUGUUCCUAUGGUGGUGGAGGAAACUGAAGUUCCUGUUGGCAUUAUGAAGGCUGAUUCUUCUGUUAUCAAGCACGAAAUACAUGUUGAAAAGAAGGAUGCCUUCUCUGCACCAUCUGCAAAAAGAAAGCCUGACCAAGAAGGUAUAGAAGGAGGGGAGGGAAAUAAUUCUUCAAAGAGACUAAGGAGGUGGAAUACCAAUAACCUACAAGUUGAACGUGAGAAUGUGAAUGGGUCUUCCACUGUCCCUACGGCCAAUGCACCGAUAAACAUUAUAAAGAAUGAAUUCUCUAGAUCUGAUUCAACAGCAAGUGAGGGUACUCCAAAGGACCGCAUUGUGCCUCCAUCUCCAAAAGCUCCUUCAAUUUCUUUGAGAAUUGAUCGUUUUCUGCGUCCCUUUACUCUGAAAGCUGUUCAGGAACUUCUUGGGAAAACUGGCACAGUUACCAGUUUCUGGAUGGAUCAUAUUAAAACCCACUGCUAUGUUACUUAUUCUAGUGUGGAAGAAGCUAUGGAGACUCGAAAUGCCAUUUACAACUUGCAGUGGCCUCCAAAUGGAGGGAGGCUUCUUGUUGCUGAGUUUGUAGAUCCUCAGGAAGUGAAAUCGAGAGUGGAUGCUCCUCCUAAACAGACAUCUUCUGCAACACCAGUGGUUUCUGCACCUCCUCUAACUGCCAUGGCCACCACCCCUCGUCAGACUCCCAAGCAGCAGCAGCAACAGCAACUCCUGCCUCCACCACCACCUUUGGCAAAAACCUUGACGGUGGUGAGGGAACAGCUUCCUUUACCACCACCGCCACCUCCACCAGCAGCUAAAGAGAUAGUAGUAGAACAACCACCUCCCAUUCUGACUCUUGAUGAUCUUUUCAAGAAGACUAAAGCCACACCGCGAAUCUAUUAUCUUCCUUUGUCCGAUGAACAGGUGGCAGCAAAGGAAACAACACCCCAGAAUGGAAAGAAACAUCACUAAGCAAGCUGACAGAGAGAGGGGAGUGGUAAGAAGGUGAUUAAUUAGUACUAGUAAUCAAAUCUCAUAUGGUUUUUCAUAUAUUCUCGCCAGGAUUGAGUAGGGAAAUGCUGCUUCAAGUGGGGAAGAACAUCAUCAUCUGAAGUAGUAAGAACCAAAUUUUGGAGUCUUCUGAAAUGUGGUGUGGUCUUUUUUGUUGUCGUGUUGUUUGCAUUACUACUAUUGUCUGAAUUCUAUAUUCUCUAAUCUCUAUCGCGACUUGUUUUAUUAGAAAACUCUGUUUAGACUGUUUUGCUUAAGUCAAAUGUUACUUGUAUUUGAGAUGUUUAUUGGGCCAGUUAGACAGAAUUGGAACAAUAAUACUGGUUGAGUCUAUUUAAGUUUAUGUACUAAUAAUACUAAUACAUUGGUUGAUUUUCAU